AUGGGGGGUGCCGAGUGGUAACGUGAAUAGACUGGGGUGAAAACUUUUGGCCCCUUCGGAAGUGGCAACCAGGACAAUCUGACUAUGUACAUGGAUUUAGCGGAUGGCAUCUUUUUGAACCAAAUCAUGUUGCAAAUAGACCCCAGGCCAACAAAUCAGCGCAUCAACAAACACGUCAACAACGAUGUGAACCUUCGCAUUCAGAACCUGACCAUCUUGGUGAGGAACAUAAAGACCUAUUACCAGGAAGUUCUCCAGCAGCUGAUUGUAAUGAAUUUGCCCAAUGUUUUGAUGAUUGGCAGAGACCCACUAUCUGGGAAGAGUAUGGAGGAGAUUAAGAAGGUGUUGCUGCUGGUGCUUGGCUGUGCUGUCCAGUGUGAGAAGAAAGAAGAGUUUAUUGAGAGAAUCAAACAGCUGGACAUUGAGACCCAAGCUGGGAUCGUGGCCCACAUCCAGGAGGUGACCCACAACCAGGAGAACGUGUUUGACCUGCAGUGGCUGGAGCUUCCCGACGUGGCCCCAGAGGAGCUGGAGGCCCUUUCCAGGAACAUGGUGCUUCAUCUCCGGAGGCUCAUUGAUCAGCGGGACGAAUGCACAGAGCUGAUCGUGGACCUGACCCAGGAGCGGGACUACCUCCAGUCACAGCACCCUCCCAGCCCUGUCAAGUCUUCCAGCGCAGACUCCACGCCCAGCCCCACCAGCAGCCUCUCCAGUGAAGACAAGCAGCACCUGGCCGUGGAGCUGGCUGACACCAAGGCCAGGCUGCGGCGCGUCAGGCAGGACCUGUAAGUCCCCAGCUGCUGCUCCUACUGGUGUAUGCUGUGUCACCACUGUGAUCUUAGAGUGCCAUCCACUCACAGGUGGUGCUGCUGCCAUUGGCACCACUCUCAUGCAGGCCCUAAAGUUAACUGAGGUCUUCUCUGAGCUCAGCCUUUGACCAGUCUAG